AGGAGGAAGCGCUGAGCAGACUCUGCAAACUCUCACGCAGUUGAGCGUGAGACUCGCGCAAAUGACACUUUUCACGCGCCCUCACGCCAUGCAUCACUUUUCUUCUCACGCAUUGGAAAAACUAAACUAAACGUUGUUCUUUCACGCGAUUACACUCCACCCACCCAGCUGAUGCGACAGCGGCGGACGCUGUGACGGGAAUCAAGCGAGCCCGCCUUCGCGCAGUGAGUGGCAGACGGUGAUCGCGUCACGUCGCUUGGUAGAGUUUUGCGGUAUAAAAACAUUAUAUGUAUGAUCUGAAGCGCAGCCUUGCUCUGUUGGGAACGUGAGCUGCACAGAGCUGCUGAAGUUAACAUGUCAGGAUUUGUGGUGAAGUGUUUUCAGUUAGUUUCGUUUUGCACAGGUCUCAUCCGGACAGUCUGUCUGGGAUUCAAUCUGUAAUGAACAGCAGAUUAUGGGGAGGCGAGAAUAUGAAAAAUAUUGUGAUUAAAUGAUGACGUUAUUCUCAUAAAAAUCUUUCUGGAGAUGUCAGAUUACACAGAUAUGUGGAAUAGAUGCAAAAAAGCUUUGAAGAUUCAGUCCAGGAGUUUCUAACUGAGGUGAAGAGGUGCCACAUUUAAAGAGGAACUUCCCCAAACAAAGACACAAAAGGGGAGGGAGGAGUAAAUCAUGAAAGUAGGCUUUAAAGCCUACUGAAUUCUGGUAUAUUUUAUAUUUUAAAUUGUCACCUGCUGGCUGAGUUUUGUGUUUCUGUUGACAUAGCCUAGAUAAAAACAUUUCCACCAUAAAUUGAUGCAGAAAAAUUCACCAGAAUGCAGAAAAUUAAGUUGAAAAAUUGGCAGCCGUGCGCAGAGAGAAACACAAACAACAACAGAAACGGCAAACAAAACUGGGCAUCAGUCUUUAUUAUAACAGUAACUUCCACCUCGGUUGUUGUUUUACGUAUAGCUUGUCAUUAUAUUCAUUUAUUAAAUGUAAUCCGUAAAUCGCCAUGAGUAGUUGUUUUGUGUUUGUGUAGGCUUCAAAUGUAUUUUUUUUUUCAGUCUUUGUUUUUGUGUCAUUGUGUAAUGUGCAUUUAGAAUACGUACCUGCACACCUGCUACUGUAAGAGGGUUAGAUUUGAUCUUUUUGUGUGUUUAUGAAGGUGUGUGUGUGUGUGAGUCACCUUUGACCCCCCAGCUAUGGUGAUGCAGCAGCUCUGCACAUUAGAGCACCUGAUGAAUUCAGGGUUUGGCCGCCCUUUCCCACGACACGGCCUUCAGCUCCUGUUUUGGUUUGCCAACCACUGUGUCACUUGGGAACUCAUUAACUGUGUGGUCAUUAUGAAGCUGGUGUCAGAUUGUCAACCAGAGAAUGGCGUCUACGGCUUCCACCGGUUUGGUAAUAUUGAGGAACUUCUGCCUGUACUGGACAGGCCCAGGAAGAGCAAGAGUAAGAGAAAGCUUGCAUACUUUGAAGUUGGCAACCUGAACACAGAGACCUAUCCAGCUUCUGCAAACCUCCCAACAUAUGUGAGGGAAAAUUACGGACUGUAUGGUAACUGUAGUAAUUACAACAUAGACCGCAUCAUCAUCAGUUACCAGGUGAGAACCAGGGUGGUGGAGAUGGUGUAUGUCACCGAGCACGACGGAGCUGCCUUUGGGAGGUUCAGUCCUGACAGGACUUAUGAAAUCAGCUCUGAACUGAUUCAAACCUUGCAGAGCCUGCAGCUAGACCUCGACACCUUUCUCACCCACACUGGCUACUGGGGAGACCUACAGGUGGUUCAGUCUAACCACAUAGAAGAGAUACACCACCCAGAACCUUCAGCCCAGCAAAUGUUCAACAUGGUGCAGACCUACAGUGGAUGUACAGCAAGAACAGAGCAAAGAAAUGACUUACGAUUCUUCUCAGAAGCCUUCAACCAGCAGCUAGAUGUCAACAUGGAGCCCUUCGGCUAUGACCAGCAAGUGCAAUACGUCUUCAAUGUGACCUCACACAACAGUGCACUUGUGACUAACUACAGUGAAGUGCAAUAUAAACACAUGUGGCCUGAAGCCAGAGAUUUGAGGCCCAGUUAUUGGCUGUCCGGCUGGAAGAAUCCUUAUAGAGGUUUUGAUGAAGAAGCCAAGAAAAGGAACGGAGGUGGCGGCUUCAGCUUGUUCAAAAUUCUCCUCAGUGCUGGAGUGCUCUAUUUGGCGGCCAAAUGUUUCGGCUGGCUGAGGAACUGCUGCAAGGUGGACUUAAAUGAAAACGUCCUCAAGAUGAUACCAUGGAGGACUCCAAGUUAUCAGCAGACACACAUCAUGCUGGAUUAUGUGUACUAGCAUUUUAGGGUGCAUACGUUUGUAAUGGUAACGUAUAUUGGAGUCCUGAUAUUCUAUACAUUGCAUUGUAAUUUUAAUGUAAUCUUCUAAAGAUCAGAUCUAAAGGUGUAACGUCUCGAUUAACCCGUACUACGAAAAGGUGGAUAGGUGUUACCCGAGGUCUGUCGCCAUGGCAAUUUAUACUGCACCUCUAAACUGCACCGAGCAGGUUAUGUUCGUAGUUAACUCGAGGUUACGCUGUAUACGUGGACUGCACACCACAUCUGUACUCUGUGUCAAUGAUCAGAAGGAGGUUAUUAACACACACCACACAGUAAAAUCAGCAUACCCAAAUUAAAUCAAAUCCAAAAUGCUUUUGGACACCGAUAUCGUCCUACGGAGACUGGCUGAAGCACCAAAGCCUUGUAGGCGUCCUUGUUGUACUUUUGAGAUGUGACAGUAAGCUUAGGCCUAUUUGUGUUUUGCUCCAAAGUCUGUUUCACACAUCCUGUUGCAGCUGUUAAAAUAAAUGGGUUUCAUUUUUAUGUGAGGCUGAAUAUUAUGAGCAUAUAUGGGAUAUUGAAAUUAAGUUUAAUAUGUGUUUAUUUUAGGUUAGUAGCUAUGUUGUAUUACAGAGACUGGUCAUGUACCGCCCCACCUUUGUAAUGCGGGGGUGUUUCAUUAGCUAUAUUGAGAUUCAGUCUUUCAGUCACUGUUUCAGAACACUUUAUGGCGUGGAUUUUUUGUUUCCUUGCUUCAUGAAGUUAAUUUUGAACAAUGUUUGGCACACUUUUGAAAUAUGUUUUUUUUAUAAUAUUAUAUUGAAAAGUGUUAAAUAAAUGAAUCUGAUUUUUGAAGUG